CCGCCAACCCUUCAAUUACUGCGUACUCUUACCACUUAGCAGAUGUCCACUUUUUACUGAGUAAGGCUGAACUGCUAAGAACUACUCCGUCUCCUUGUCCAUCCAAGGAUUGGUUCUUCUAUUCGCCGCCUUCCUGCUGUCAGUCUUCCCUUCAGCCCAUCAGCGCCCGGCUUGCCUCCACGUUGGGUCAUUCUUAUCGCUCUCGCCACCAGCCACCCUUCAACGAACCACCCACCGUACUUCACUUUUGCAGUGGCAGCCAGCUGUUACUUUCACCUGACGCACAGCAAUUCCCUCAACAUGGCCAUUCGGGACAUUGUCGUCAACCCGUCCCUGCUGCCGGUGCUCAGUUUGAGCGCCGAGACCCGCGAGCAAUGCAUGCAAUUGCUUGCCGUGCUCGACCCCUCGGCUGACUCCUACUCUGACUCCGAAGAACGCGCCCUAGCUGCGUCCAAGGAACAGAAGCAGCUGUUCGCUCUUCUGGCCCGUCUGCGUGGGCUCAACCGCGAUGCUAUUCUACGCGUCCGAGACACGAAACAGGCGACCGCAGAGGCCCGCCAGGAAAUCGACCGCUUACACCUGCAACUUCAGAAUCUCUACUACGAACAACGGCACCUGACGGGGGAAAUAGCUGCGUGCGAGUCUUAUGAUCACAAGUACCUUGCCCUUCCCCUGAUCCCGCUCGAAGAAUUCCUAUCGUUGCAUCCCGAGCACCGUGAAUCGGACGAACACGAUCUCAUGAUCGCUCGCAUCAACCACGAACAUGCCGAACGGGAGAAGCUGGAGCAGGCGCGGCAAGAGCUUCUGAAGCGGAAACAGGCAUUGAUUGCGGAAAACAACAAACGCAAGGAGGAUUUGGCCAGUCUGGACCAGGACUUGGAGCGCUUUAUCGACACCGUCGAUACCCACCCCGAUUAUACCAUGAAUGUCAGCACCCCCUCGCCGCGUCCGCCGCCCCCGGAGAAGCCAGAGGCUAUCCGGACGCGAUUCAAGGUCAUUGCAGCCUUCUGGGCUGUGAUUGUUUUCCUGGGAUUCCCGAUCUGGUGGAAGACCACAUCGAUCUAUCGAGCUUCCUUGCCUGUCCCGGAAAUGAUUGAUUGGGCCGAUGGGAAGACCUGUCGUCCUGUUUUCCCCCUUAAAAUUCGAGUCGAGACGCCUCACCUACCUGACGCAGAGGCCCAGCACUUGGUCCGGACGACACAACAUACCCUCGACGACUUGAAUGAGUUCUCCGCACAUCAUCUGCGGCUGAAGCUAUCGAACGAUAAUGCUGAUGAGCAGCUGGAUGAACUGGCAGACACGGCCUUGACAGUGCGCCUCUUACCACAGGACGAUCUGAUUAACCCCAAGUCCGAGCUCCAGCACGAUACUACCCAGCUCGACGUCUUUUACUCGCCAAGCCAAAUACCGCCCCUGUCAUCAUCCAACCCACCGUUGUCCGCUUACAUCGCGGGUGAACUUCAGCAGCUGUUCACGGAAGAGAAGGCCAUCAUCGCGCAGAUCCUGUCGAACAGCCAUGCAGCAAGUGCGACCGCCAACAGCCAGCCGCCCUCGGCUAUGCUUUCCUCCGUCUCCCCUCAGCUCGCGGAGAGCAUCGCCAAGCGCCUCCGGCGCUCGAUGAAAUACGCCGAUACCUAUCACCUCGCUUUUUCCUUGUUCACUCCCGGCACAGAGCCCUCCUCGUGGGACAUUCAGGCCGCUGUCCACGACUAUAUCACCCCACUGCUGCAGGCCUUCUCUCCAAUCAGCAAUUUUACUGUUGACACCCAAGUCCAGCUAUACGCGACGUUUGCACCCACGGCUCCGGCGCCCGAAUACGACCAAGGCCACGCGGCUUGGACCCUGAAGCCCGAAGACCUCAGCGCGUUCAUCAACGCGGCCGAAUGGCCUCUCAGUCCCAGCAUUGGCCCGGGCCCAACCAUUAACUUUAUUCUCUAUGUGCCUGAUGCAGCGCAAUCCCCCUUGGUGGUCAAGGACAGUCUAGCUACGAGCUGGGUCGUGCCUCAAUGGGGCGGCGUUGUGCUUCUCAACCCUUCCAACGGCACCCAGCUUCGGCAUCUAUCGCGCGGUUCGCUUCAGGCCCCUUUCCUAACGUUUUCCCACCAGCUUCUCACCCUUCUCGGUGCACCUUCCACCCCGGCUGCGCUGCCUUUCCGUCUACAGACACUCACCCGCAUUCGGGCCGCCAGUCUGCUCCUCUCUGCAUCCUCUACCAUGGGCUCCCUCGCCCGCCUCACCGAGUCUCUUCCCUCCAUCCCCAUCCCUGCUACCGUCGCUGCCUCCGUGGCCACGACCCUCUCGCAUCUGACCUCAGCCUGUGAGCAUCUCCGACGGGGCCGGUUCCAGGCCGCGCUGGCGGAUGCUCGGAUCGCCGAGACGGAAGCGGAGCGCAGCUUCUUCGAGAAGAGCAUGGUGGGCCAGAUGUACUUCCCGGAUGAGCACAAGGUGGCCGUGUAUCUGCCCCUGUUGGGCCCCAUUGGCGUUCCCCUCAUUGUCGGCUUGCUAAAGGAGGUCAAGAAGGCCAUCGCCUUGCGGAAGGCCAGGAAGGCUAAUUGAAAAACACGGAUCUGUACAGUAUAUAGUUUU